AUGCAGCACCAGGUUCGCGGAGCUAGCCGUUGUGCUCAUGGCGGCUCCUUUUUGCAGCUCCAGUCGCUGCCCCCAGCCUUGCGCCCGCUCGUGCGCGCGUACCUCCUGGGAUAUGCUUCUGCCGUGGCACCGCGCCUUUUGAAAUUGCUUGUCCAGCGUCUCUCGAGGCCAAGGACGACUGGCUCCAAAUUCCUUCCCGACGAGCGCCAUCGUCGAAACUUUGUCAUAUCAGCUCUCGCCACCCUCCGCACUGGAUGCGAGCUGCAGCGGUUCCCCACGUUUUGCGCCCUCCUCGUCGGAGGGUCUACUUUGCUACAGGAACCUAUAAGGAGAAUUGUAGCUCGCGUCGCUGCAACGAGGUUCGGCGAUGCUGCUCGUUUGAGGCUCGCGCGAUGGCUGGCAUCCUUCAUUGCGUCCUGGUUAAGUCUGCGACUGCUACAGUCUAAGCCGUCCCGAGGUUCACACCAUGCAAAGCCAUCCCAUGACGCUGAGGCGCAGGAAAUGGUCGCUGGCAGGACGCUGGACCUUACCCUCUUCGCGGCCACGCAGGCAGUCGAUGUCAUUGUUGGCGAGCUGUGGUCGCGACGUAGGGCUCGUCGGACGGCUGCCCAGAGAUGGACCGAGGUUGAGCAAUUCGCCUCCCAAAUGAUUGAUCCUCUCUGCUUCGUCGUCUCCUGCGGCCUCAUCAUGUGGGCGUGGUUCUACGCCCCAGACAGCCUUCCUGGGGGAUACAACAAGUGGAUCGCGUCCGCGGCUCAGGUCGACGUGCGACUGCUGGAGGCUUUGCGCCGAUGUAGGAACGGAGAGCUGCAGUACUCCAAGGAGACGGGUCAGGCACCUCUUCUCGGGUCCAUGUGCAGUGACUACGGCAUCCCCUACGAAUGCGGCGAUCCCGUCAAGGCGAUCCCGUUCCCGUGCGCCAUCGUUCACAUGGGCAGAGGCCCGUCUUGCGAAUACCAUGCCUGGUGUCGCUUCUGGCAAUCAUGGAAAUGGUCCAUGUGCACCUAUGUUCCCUUGGCGUUGGCUCUUCAGCUGCGCAAGCCCACCAGCCGGAGUCUCUUGGUCGCCCUCAAAUCGGCUUCUCGCUCCUCUACAUUUCUCGCCGCCUUCAUCACUCUCUUUUACUAUGGCGUCUGUCUCGGUCGCACCCGCAUCGGCCCGCACCUUGUUGGCACCGACAUCCCGAGCCGGAACCGCAUCGACGGAGGUCUCUGCGUCGGAGCCGGCUGCUUCCUCUGCGGCUGGAGCGUGCUCAUCGAGACGGCAGCCCGCCGCAAGGACAUGGCCUUGUUUGUGACGCCUCGCGCCAUGGCAACCCUGCUGCCGCGGCGGUACUCGGCCGACAAGCAGUGGCGCGAGACGCUGGUGUUUGCGGCUAGCACGGCGGUGGUGUUUACCUGCGUGCUGGAGAAUCCCAAGCGGGUCAGGGGCAUGAUGGGCGGCAUCCUCAGCCUGAUCACUCGCCGGUAG